CUCCGCCUGCCAAGGAGAAGCUGAAACUUUAUUCGAAAAAUAAAAAAAAGGAGAAGCUGAAGCUGGAUAGGCGCUAGCGAGGGAGGCGGCCGGGGCAGGACAGAUUCGCAGAUGGCGAUCGGCGCGUUCGCGGAGGCCGCUCCGGCGGACGGCGGGGAAGGAUACAGCGGCCGCGUGACGCCGUUCGUGCUGCUGUCCUGCGUCGUCGCCGGCAGCGGCGGCAUCCUCUUCGGCUACGACCUCGGCAUCUCCGGUGGUGUCACCUCAAUGGACUCGUUCCUGAAGAGGUUCUUCCCGGAGGUUUACCGUCAGAGUCAGGCGCAGGACACCAGAGUGAGCCACUACUGCGAGUUCAACAGCGAGCUCCUCACCUUGUUCACGUCCUCCCUGUACGUUGCUGGCCUUGUCGCAACUCUCGUUGCGGCUUCCAUCACAAGGAGGUAUGGCCGCCGUGUGUCGAUGCUCAUCGGUGGCACCGUCUUCGUCGCUGGCUCAGUGUUCGGUGGCGCAGCUGUAAAUGUUCCCAUGCUUAUCCUUAACCGAAUCCUACUCGGAAUUGGUCUGGGAUUCACUAAUCAGUCUAUCCCAUUGUACUUGUCGGAAAUGGCGCCGCCGCGAUACCGUGGGGCAAUCAACAAUGGCUUUGAGCUUUGCAUCAGCCUUGGCAUUCUCUUUGCAAACAUCCUCAACUAUUUUGUUAUAAAAAUUACAGCAGGAUGGGGAUGGAGGAUAUCCCUGUCCAUGGCAGCACUCCCUGCUGCGUUCCUAACCAUCGGUGUGAUCUUCCUUCCUGAGACACCAAGCUUUAUAAUCCAACGCGAUGGUGACACCAACAAGGCAAGGAUCCUGCUCCAGAAGCUGCGUGGAACAACCUCAGUCCAAAAAGAGCUUGAUGACUUGGUUUCUGCUAGUAACCUCUCAAGGACAACACAGUAUCCAUUCAGAAACAUAUUCAAGAGAAAGUACAGGCCGCAGCUUGUAGUAGCACUGCUGAUCCCAUUCUUCAAUCAGGUUACUGGGAUCAAUGUGAUGAACUUCUAUGCACCAGUCAUGUUCAGGACAAUCGGUCUCAAGGAGAGGGCGUCCCUCUUCUCCUCAGUGGUGACACGCCUAUGCGCAACAUUUGCCAACAUCAUAGCAAUGAUGGUGGUUGACAGGUUUGGGCGCAGGAAGCUCUUCCUUAUAGGCGGUGUGCAGAUGAUCCUCUCGCAGUUCACUGUUGGUGCAAUAUUGGCUGCAAAGUUCAAGGACUCUGAGGACAUGGACAAUGAGUAUGCAUACCUAGUGUUGAUCACAAUGUGUGUGUUCGUUGCAGGCUUUGCGUGGUCAUGGGGCCCUCUUACAUUCUUGGUCCCUGCUGAGGUUUGCCCACUGGAGAUCAGGUCCGCAGGGCAGAGCAUUGUUGUUGCUGUGGUUUUCUUGAUGGCAUUCGUGAUCGGCCAGACUUUUCUUGAGGUUCUUUGUGGUAUCAAGUCAGGGACGUUCUUUGUAUUUGGUGGGUGGAUCUGCUUGAUGACACUUUUUGUUUAUCUGUUCUUGCCGGAAACAAAGAAGCUGCCCAUGGAGCAGAUGGAGCAGGUCUGGUCGAGGCACUGGUUCUGGAAGAAGAUUGUAGGGGAGAAGGUGGAGAAGAAACAAGCAAAAUCAGGGGAAACAGCUUUGCCGAGCUUGUAGUUCUUUUCUGAAUUGCGGGUGCAUUUAAUCAAAUCUGCAAAGAAAAUAUAGUAUGGGAUUACCAUUAGCAGAUGUAAAUGUAUGAUUGUAUGUAACUAGUGUUUGCUACUAGUUUGCUGCCCUUGUCAGAUCCUAUAACUGACCACUAGAAACAUCCGUAUAUAUAGAGAGAAAAAGCGUGCCCCUGUAAAGCAGAUUUAGAGAAAUUGAGAGUCAACAAAUACUAAAAUAUUGUAACUCUCCUGCUGGUUCCGUUUCAAAAAGAAAAUCCUAAAACACUGGGAAAUACCCCAAAA